AUGCAGGGAGGUCAUCCGUACUCACAGGGAGGCUACCCACCGUACAGCACAGCUUCUGGAACACAUCCCUACUUCUCUCCCACUGCUGAUUCCUACUACGCCACACGCCCCGGAUCAUUCUCAACCAACGGGCCGUCGGCCGUGCCAGGGUAUACCACCCCUCACUAUGGCUCAGGUCAAGGAAGGCGCCCUUCGGGAGUGUGGAUGGGUAGCAUGCCUUAUGGAUCGCCGCCUAUCCGGCCGAACACGUAUGCUACUAGGUCGAGAGAUGCUUUCUCAGGCGAAGAGGACGAGCCCGAGUACGAGCGUUCUCGACCAGACAUGCCGGAUUGGGAAUUGAAGCCUGAAUACGAAUCUCCAGAAGAAGAAUCAGACGCCGAUUCCGACUAUGAUGGACCACCUCGUGCACCCAUACCGCCCACACUCAGGCGUUCAAAAAAGAAGAGUUUGGGGAGCGAGUACAUCGUUGAAGAGAUGGAUAAUGAAGGGGAGACUGUCAGGAUGGACUACCCUGCACCGAGGCGGAGUGGGAGGAGGAAAACUACAGCCGAUGGAUGGCGCAGACAGAGCAAUGGUGCAGCCGCAACAUCUUCCCGAUCUGAACCAGCAGCCACGUCCGCCCCUGCUCCCUCCCUUCCCAGAUGGACAAUGCGCAAUUUCACCAAGAAUCACGAGCACAGCUCGAGUGAUCGGAUGGUCAUCAUCAUACAGGAUCGAACUUGCUACAGGCUUUGGGAGAGUCAACUUCCUGAGGCGAGACAGAAGGGCGAAGGGGAGAGGAUGCACCCCGAUAAGAUAGCCAUUGCGCGAGCAGAAAGCUGGCUGAGUGAACGUUCCGGGACUUCGCUCUCGGGCGGCCGUUAUAUCCCAGCCAAAUUCUACGCUGCAGACACUGGCCGAGACACCGAUACCGUAUUUGCCGUCCCCUCCCCGUACAUCACCUCUCGUGGCGAGGAAGAGAAGAAGGCAUGGGUUCAGAGUUGCUGCUCAAGUCUCUGGCCUUGUUUGAGACCCGAAUUUGAUCAGCAAGAUGGUAGACGUAGUAUGCUCAAGAAGAUGAAGGAGGGCUCACGAACCUUCUUUGGCAGCCAAUUCAAACAUUACGCUAAGCAAGAUCUUGGACAGGAAGAAGAAAGCGAUGACGAGGAUGAGGUGGUUAUGCAAGGGAGAAACUGA